GCAAAGCCUGAGAGCUCUGCUGAGAGCAGGUGACGACGACGGGUACAACAAAGAACGGCGCCGUCCCAUACCCAGCCACCAUAAUGUCCCACUGGGUCACCCUGUGCGCCGUCCUCAUCGCUCACCUCUCCACAGCAGAUGCACAAUUUUUAGGUCUGGCCGAUCUCAGAUACUGUUACAUGCUGGACGGCAUAUUGUUUUUCUAUGCGAUCAUUGUCACCGCGCUGUUCUUCAGAGAGAAGCUGUCCAAGAGAGGCCCAGUGGUUGGCGAGGAGGAUGGUGAUAAGACCUACAGUAAACUUCAAUAUCGUGCCCAAGAGCAUUACGAUGAGAUACAUAAAGCUAGAGAUACGGAAAAAGGCACAAACAGAAUGAAGAGUCCAGAAAAUUCCGUCUAUCAUGAUCUGCAAAGAGACAAGAUGAACGAUCCCUACAGCGACAUCCGGGUCAAGCAGCAACCCAGAAGAAAAGGGAAAGGAAACGACGCCGUCUAUCAGGGAUUAAGUGGAGCCCAAAGAGACACGUAUGAUGCUCUGCAGAUGCAAGCUUUGCACUGAGACAAAAGAUAAAAUAUGCAAAUGAAGAUUUAAAUCCGGAGUUUUCCAAAGAAAUAAUAAUUUUUUUUUUACUUUUAAAUUUUUUGUUUUUCAGUAUCCAUAAAGUAGCACAAUUUAGUCUAUAAAAAAAAUGCAAAUGGC